AUGGGGUUUACCACAGUUCUCGAACCUCGAUUCCGCUCGGCCAUCCCAGACACACCACCCGAGGUGCUCACACCGGAUUCGGCCUCCUUUCCCUUACGCCAGUCAGAGGAGAAAUCCUGGAACUUGCGUGCUCCUCCAUCCCCCCCUAUGUCCAACUAUGACCCGACCGUCAAGGCAAGCGACAUGUCGUCGUCCGGCAAGGGCUCAGAGGAUACGCAGUCCCGCAGGGAAUCUUCUCCCGACCAGAGUGCACCACGACAACAGCUUCCUUCCUUGAGCAGCCUCUUUGGACCGCCCUCACAAAUCGCCCCGCUCCACUCGCCCUUCUCAGAGCGUCCGGGACACUAUUCAGCCUCGUCACCACUUGACCAUCCCCUCAGGCCGGCCGUGGGCUCAUCCUCGUACUUCCCCUCGUCAGCGCCGUCCGCAUCACAACCCAGGAGCUUGUUGGAGUCGAGGUUGCCGGAGCGCCCUCAGAUCCCGCCGCUAUCGCGAGUGUUCCCAGGGGCGCUCUCGCCCGCACCACGACAGGAGCAACGGCAAGACGGGCGCCCAGAGUACAGUUCCGGGAGUCAGUGGCCUGCACAGCACGAGACGAGCCGGGAGUAUUCCUUCGGCGGCCGUGAUCACCAUCAGUUUUACCAACCGGCUAUGGACCGGUACCCCCCUCAAUUGCCAGGCGGCCGGGAAGACGGGCGGAGGACGGACUACCGGGAGCCUCAAACACCGAUCCUCAAUCCGCCCGCGACACCGACAAGCAGUGUUGGCUCGGAAGCGCCUCCGGCGAAGGACGGUUUGGGGCCCAAGAUCUGGACGGGGACGCACUUUCUGCCGCGGUUCGUCCGGGCAGCCGAGGUCCCGGGCGAGGGAAUGUGCUAUUUCUACGACGAUGGGAGCCACUGCAAGACGGUCAUCGACGGAGAGGCGGUCAACGCGCACUGGGGCGUGACGAAGGCCGGGAAGCCGAGAAAGAGACUGGCCAUCGCGUGCGUCACCUGCCGCGAGAAGAAGAUCAAGUGCGACCCGGACUACCCGCGGUGCGUGCAGUGCGAGAAGUUUGGGCGGGUUUGCAAGUUCAAGAAUGCGCCCCGAGGCGGUCAUAACACAUCUCCCUCCACGCCUCCGGCCGAGGUCGAAGAUCUGCGCCGGCUAGGGGGAAUGAUCCAACGCCCACCGACGGACCAUCAUCACCACCACCACCAUACCAGGCCGAGCAGCCACUCGAGCGGAUCAGUCUCGCCGCGGACAACGCUUCGGCCGGCGAGUCCCGACCUCUCGGGACCGCGCAAACUCGCUCGCGUCGGUUACGAGCACUACAGCCCGACGACUGGGCGACAAUCGCCGCUGGCGCCAACGCCUGACUCGGCGCGGCCCGCUGCUCCUUUCUCCUGGCGGCAGCCGGAGACGUUGCCGCGGCUUCAUGAUGAUGUUCUGCGACGGGCUUGGCAGACCGAUCCACGACCUGAUGCUCGUGUAUAA